AUGAGCAAAAUGCGUCGCACAACAGUAGCCCGUCAAUAUGGAAAACAGUCCAAGAAAUCCACCGCGGAAAGGAUGUUUGCAGAGCUGGUCCAGGCCCCGGUCCGAGAGCCAUCCAACAGACAGGAUGAAAAACAGAAUACAAGGCCAAUUGACGAACAAGUCGACCCGCUCACCACAAGCUUUGCUGAGAUUUCGAUCUUAGAGAGCCCUAAGAAGCCGAGGAGUCGGACAAAAGUAGCGGAAGAAGAUGUGUCGAUUGUGGUGGACGAACUCAAAUUACGGGAUAGGGAAAGGCCUAAGAGAAAGUCUGCUAGAGGGGCCAAGUCGGUUGUUAUUGAAGAAGAUAUUUCAGAAAGGACGAUUCAAGUCUCAGAAGAUGACACUCUUAAACCUCUGAAACAAGAACGUCGAAGCGUACGGACACGCGAUGCUGUGCCGCAAACCAGGGCAAAAAGGCCUGUUCCUUCAAUAGCGCAAGAGCAAGCCUUGAGAGUUCUCACUUGGGGCGAUGUCUGUCCUCCUGGAGAUCAGAUUAAGAAGAUUGCCGAAGCCUCCUCCGCAGAGGUUUACCGAAUCACCAAUAAACGAGGCACGAGCAUCAUCAAGGCCAUACGACUGGCCUCGCCUAUCAAAGCCCUCACAAAGGCGCAGGUAGCAUCUGGCCUCGUUGAUGAAGAGCCCCAUUCAGAGAUUGACGUCAAAAACGAGUUACAAAUAUCCGAAUGGCUGGCCGACAUUCCAGGAUUCGCUGUUUACAAAGAACGCUACCUUGUGAAGGGCAGAACGACAAACGAGCUUCUGGAGACGCAUCAAACAGUGCAGAAGAAGAUGAGGAGAGAGGACCCGGGCAGAGCGCAGUAUUAUCCUUCGCCGAGCCGGUAUCUGGAUGACACCACCUUUUUAGUUGUAGAACUAGGGGAUGCAGGGAAAUCGCUGGAGAACUGGGAGCUGGACAGCGUGGAUCAGUUGUGGGAUAUUUUCCUUUUGGAGACAAUCGCACUUGCAAGAGCUGAGGAGGUCGCCAUGUUUGAGCAUCGUGAUUUGCACGAGGGUAAUCUCUGCGUCAAACAAGCCCGCCCCCCUCGGCAGAGGGACCCCAAAGAAGAUGGCUUCUUUGGCUAUUCGGGCUUAGAUAUCACAAUCUUAGAUUACGGGCUCUCACGAGCUGAAGACCUGACAAACGAUGAUGCCGCGCCCAUCGUCUACGACCUAGAAAGGGAUCUCACCCUAUUCACUAGCACUUACAAUCCGCAGUGCAAAGUCUAUAGGCAAAUGCGGUCCUUCUUGCUCCGUGCUGACCGAAACUGGAUGCCUCCAGAAGCCCACAGUAUCCCUUAUGCCACAGGUAUUGACGGGCCGCUUUCUUGGGAUGCAUAUGUGCCUUACACGAAUGUGCUCUGGCUGGCUUACACGUACGAGUACUUGGUGGAGCAUUUUGAAGGCAGCAAGAGAGAACUCGCAAGGUUCAAGAAAGAGACGGCGGAGUUGUGGAAGUAUUUGAACCCAGACGCCCCCAAGAACGUGCCUGCUUUCGGGUGCGCGGCUGAUGUGGCAUGUUUUGCACUGGAGUCUGGUUGGAUUCGGGAAGACCAGCUUUUGGGGGCAUCGACCACGCUGUUGGAGAGAGAAGAUAGCAUAAUCGCCUCAAGGAUUUUAGAGCCUGCUGAAGAGACACCGCGGAGAUCACAGAGAACGCGCAGGUCAUGA